AUGGACGCAGAGAUGGCUUCUUGGAAGUCCACCGGCACCUACGUCGAUGAGGUUCCCCCACCUGGGGCGAACAUCGUCAGUGGCAUGUGGAUUUUCAGGGUGAAGCAGCCGCCGGGUUCUCCACCUGCCUUCAAGGCACGUUACGUUGCUCGAGGCUUCAGUCAGCGUGCGGGGGUCGACUUCUUUCAGACCUUCUCCCCCACCCCAAAGAUGACCACUCUUCGGGUGUUGCUACACGUUGUAGCUCAGCGUGACUACGAGCUGCACUCCCUCGACUUCUCGACAACUUUCUUCUGCGAGGCCGAGAUCUACGCUGGGGCCAUGGCUGCACAGGAGCUACGCUGGGUGACCUACCUGCUGACCGACUUGGGGGAGCGGCCUCGUUCUCCUCCAGUUCUGUACGUCGACAACAAGGCAAUGGUUGCCUUGUGUCGUGAGCAGAGACUGCAGCACAAAAUGAAGCACAUUGCUCUUCGCUACUUCCUUGCGCGUGAGCUGCAGCAGCGUGGUCAGCUGCGCAUUGCUUACGUGGCCUCUCGGGCCAACACUGCUGAUGUCUUCACCAAGGCCCUUGGGUCUGGUGAUCAUCAGCGUUUCUGCACUGCUCUUAGGCUUGUGCCCACGGUGCCUCACCUGCUGGUUGCUUGA